AGUGUCAAGACUGAAGGAAAUCUAGUUGACCGCUAAAAUGACAAAAAUAAUUAUUUAAUUUUUACAAUUCACUAAUAUAAAAUGGCUAUAUUGUCUGUGGUUUGUGGAUAUGUCCAGAAUUUGGUUCACUGAUCAGCGGGGAAGUGGGCAACUACACGUUUCAUUGUUCUAUGCAACCCAAAUGAUUGAUGACAUAGCUGCAACCAAGAUGUAUACUGACCAUUACCAUUGGCAAAGGAGUCUGUUCGGACACAAUUUCAGUGUAUCUCGAUCAACUUGUGGAGAUAAUAGUGGAGGCCCAGCUGGCGCGGUGCAGAUGUUGAGGUCCUGGCUCCAUGCACACGAGGAUGCUCAGGUCAUGUUAGCGAGCGUGCUGGUCGUUAUUGGACUGUGGUGGAUGGUGCGAGCUGUGUUAUCAUUGCUUAUCAACCUUCUGUGUCCCUUACUAGUCGUUCUACUGGCUGUUGUUUGCGUACCCCAACUUCGAACUCCCUUACUUGGACAUAACUAUCCCAUGUUGGCAAAUCUACUACGGAAUAUACUAAUGAAAAUGGCUGAAAAUAUAAAGACCUAAUAUUUUUUUAAUUUAAUAAUCACCUUGACCGUUGAAGUAAAAAUUUUAAGUCGUGGAAUCAAAUAAAAAAAUUUGAUAUUUA